GCCGACUUGUGACUUCAGCUCUUGCUUUUGGACAGGGAACAAUGAACCAACUAGUAACAUAUGAGGCUAUGUCAGUUGUUGGGCCUCUAAAUGAGGGAAUUUUCUCAGUCUAUAACAUCUGCCGGUGUUUAUUGGAUGUUAAAGUAGAUACCACCACUGAUAAAUGCUCAAAUUAUCAAGAAAUAAGGAGACAUAUUGAGCAUGCUGAGCAGUCCCUAAAAAAAUCGGAGACAAUGAUUAACGAAAAACUGAAAAAUCUGGAUGAAUGCAUGUGCCAGUAUUUAAGAGAGAAGACAAAUCUGGAGAACCUGAAGACAGAAAAAAACAUGGCUGUUUUUAAAUUAGAACUCGACAAGAAAUAUAUGGAAGACUUAUUAAAGAAUACAAAUAAUGCUCUGGAGCAGGCUACAAAAAAACUUGAAUCUGCCAAAUAUGCCUCAAGAAUAGAAGAAGAAAGGUUGGAAACAAAUGGAAAAGUUUUCGCUGCAGGGGCGGCACUGCUUGUAUUACCAAUUGCUGGAUGGAUUGCUGGUCCAAUAAUGAUGGCUACGGCAGAUCAGGCAUGGAAAGAGUCUUUAGAUGCCAUCCAAGCUGCUGAAGAGGAGAUACAAAAGUGUAAAGAAAAUGCAAACCGUUACACCAGACAAAAAUUUGAUUACAAGAUAAACAUCCUUAAUACAGAAGCUGAAAUUAUACGGACCAAUACGGCACUGAUAAAAAUUGAGAAUAAGAUUAAAGAUGUUAAAAAGUACCUAAAGGAGACAACUGAUAUUCAGGAAAAGGUCAGAGGGGCUGUGAUGUCUCUGAGUGUUCUUAGUGGAAGAGUCACAGUACUGGAGAGACAAACACAGUGUUUCAUCCUCUGGCAGCCUGUGGUACAAGCCAUGGAAGAUGUGGUGAGGGCAGUAGGAAAUAUCACUGAGAACUGGCUGCUUUACAGGCAUGGUGCACCAUUCUACAUUAAUGCUUUGAGAGAGGAUGUUAGACGCCUGGCUUUAUGCAACUCGCCCAAUGAAUCUAAAUAUGACUGGCAGAUUGAAAGUGAAUACAUUUAAUGACCAUCUUCAUGUAACUUGCAUAGCAAUGGAUGAAAUAAUAAAAAAAAUGGAUUUGUAAUUUGUAGAAAAUUUUGAAUGUUAAUUUUUGCAAUGAGGGAACAGUUUAGAUUCGGCUGAAAUGUUGUAUUGUUGUAUUGUAUUCUGCUUAUGUAAAAAAAAAAAAAAAAGCAUGAUGAUUUCAUAUAAAAAAGGGUGUUUGUUUAAAAUUGCAAUAACCAAUUGAUAAACAGGAAUUUACAAGAUCACUGUAAGAAAAAAAAUUACAGAAAAAAAAUGUACAGUAAAAAAAAAUUGGCAGCUAGCUACUGGUUGUCAGUAAUUUACUGUGACUGUUACUCUUUUAUGUUUUUAAAAUGUAUGGCAAAUAAACUAUUGAUUUAAAUUAGCUGUGGUUGU